AUGGAUAUAGAUGUGCAAAUGAAAGACCUCUCUGGAGGUGAUAAUAAUAAUGAAAGACCAGACACUGCCAUUAAAAGAAAAGCCACAAAGAAAGAAAUCACUCUAAGGAACUCAGCAAAACCUAGAUCUAACUUUAGCAUUGUGUCCAAGUAUAUCCACAUCAUUAUCUUUGACUUUUUGUCAGCCAAAGAGAUUUUUAAAAUCUGCCUUAUCUCAAGGUCUUUUUACCAAUCUUCUUAGUAAGAGGGAAUCUGGGAAAAUCUUUUUCCUGAUAAGAAUAGAAUGUUAAAGUUACUCUAAGAGCAAGAAAAGUUUAGCAAGCCUAAAUCAAAGAAAUAGCUUUUGAUGAUGGAAUUGAAUUCGGUAUAGAAUUUAGUUCAGAGAAAGAGAUUUCAAAGUUAUAAUCUUGUGGGACAUUCAAAGAUGAUCACUGCUUUGGAUGCAAACCAUGGAUUGAUAUGUAGUGGUGGUAAAGAUAACCUUGUGAAGAUUUGGGAUGUCAAAACAAAGAAGUGCUAUUCCUUUGAUAAGCAUAUGAAUCUAGUAACUUAAGCUUUGAUUUGGGAUGAGAGAAGUGCUCUAACUGCUUCAGCGGACAGGUCUAUUAGAUUUUGGGAUAUAUCAUCGCCUGAUGAAAAUGUUCAUCUGAAGGGACAUGGUGCCAGUGUAACUUAGCUUAAGAGAUUAAAUAAUAGCUACAAUAGAGCAGUCAGCUCUUCCCUAGAUUAAACUGUUAAGAUUUGGGAUGUUUACUCAGGAACUUGUGUAUCAAGUUUCGAUGGCCAUAACGGAGGAGUUGCUAAGCUAGCCAUGAAUAAUCAAUACUUAUCUUCCUAUAGUGACUCAGACGGCUUACUAAUUGUAAGAGAUUUUGAAAAAGGCUAGUAGCUGCUGAGAGUAUAGAACUUCAAACAACUUCUAGGGUUCCAGAUUUCAACUCGUUCACAAUAUCAAGUAGGAUUCGAACUUGGAGAUUUAAUUAUGACUUAAGAAUAACCAUAAAUUUUAAUCACCAGUGAGAGCAAAAGAAUCAGGGUUUGGGAUCUAAGACAGAGUUUGACUUAAGGAGCUUCUUAAACAAUAGAGGAUCCAGAUUCUACAAUGCUUCCAUCAAAAGCCUAUAAGAUAAAUGAUAAGCAUCAAACUUCAGAGGGAGUGAUAACUAAAGCCUUCAAAAUGACCUAUAUUGCUAAAAAGCAUUUAUUGGUCAGUCAUUUCCAUGGUGCAAGAGGACUAAUCACUUUUGAUUUGAGAAGAGGAAAAUAACUGGACUACUAUAACUAUCACUACUACCCUAUGACUGAUUACGAUCUCGGCAAAGAAAAUUUCUCAGGUUUAGCUUUGCAAUCAGGAACUACAUAUAAUCUGUAAUAUGAUGUGAGGCCGGUUAAUUUGUUCUAGUCAUCAUAAGAUUAAGACAGUAAUUACGUGAUAUACCCAGGACACAAGGCAGUGAUAACACAAAUUAGAACUGACGGCUAAUUCAUAGUAACAGGUGCCAAGAAUGGAGAGUUGAAGAUGAUGAACUUCAAUACUGUACUGGAAUAGAUAAAAGCAAUGCACAAUUAAAAGUCAAUGAACUUACAAAAAAUACCUCCUACGAUAGGAUUAAAUAUUGCAAAGUUAGAAAAACCCUAAGGAGAGUAUACUUUUUGGGAUGUUGGUGGGUAAGCAGUGCUCAGGAAAAUUUGGAAUAAGUACUUUUCAGAGUGUCAUGGGCUAGUAUUUGUGAUUGAUGGUUCUGAUGAGAUAAGGUUUUAGGAGGUGAAGGAGACACUUAAUGAAGUAUUUGAGGAGGACAGUGAUGUGUAGCAAUUGCCUGUGCUUUUCAUGCUCAAUAAAAAUGAUAAGAGUGAAUUUAGAGGAGUUGAUUUUGUAAGUGAAAGGCUUUAGCUAGGCGAUAUCAAAUGCUAAGAUAGUGUCAUAAUGCCUGUAAGCGCUAUUGAUAUGAAUGGACUCGAGGCUUCUGUCAAUUGGAUUGUUAAUGCUGUAUCGAUAAAUGCUAGAAAAUGA